UGUUUAAUUAACAAAGUUCGGGAGGAGACGGAGCAUAUAAUCAGCCCGGCUGGUCUACCAUCAGCAAUCACCGCAUCUACCCUAUCAGCUCAAGCAAGCACUCUUAUAAAUAGGAAAACCAUCUUACCUGCUCUAUCUCUUAAGAUUAAGCAUCAACUCUCAGUUCGACGCUAUGUCCGAGACCCCCGUUAUCUACGAUGUAUAUGCCAGCAAUCUUCCAGCGCCGCCGAGCGCUUCCCAUCUUUCCAGCUCAGGUUCGGAAUCUUUAAUCGAUUCCCCGGCUUCAUCACGGGGCCGCCAGCUCUGCCGUUCUGCACCUCGAAUGGCUAAAUCCAGAGGUGGCACUUCAUCACCUGGCCCAAAGAGACUUCCACCUCCUUCUCCGGCUUCUUCUUACACCUCUACUCACAACACGAUCCCCGCCAUCCAGAAAUGGACUGUCCAGGGCCUACGACUGGCUCUUUCCAACGCGGACGUCCAAUUCCACAGGCGGAUGACCAAGGUGGAGCUUUACUGCCUCUACGCCUCUUCCCUGGCGGAUACCGCCGCACCGAAGUCCGCUCCGCAAGAAACCACCAACAAGCCGGGCGCGGCUCGUGGUUCUCCUUAUUCCCGGCCCGGGCAAUCCAUUUCCACAGCUCAUCGUGGCCGCCCGCUGGCAAGCCGGCACAGCAGGAUUUUGGUGAGCGCGGGUACCGCCACGGAUUUCCCGGACGCCAUGAAUCCAUCGAUCGAGGGCUUCCAGCAACUCGUCCCUCUCGCCGUAGGCCAGCUUCUUCCUCCAGCCAACACCCCGCCAGCAGUCAACACCGCGGGUCAUCUACGAAACAUUAGCUUUCCAGCACCUGGUGCUCCGGUGCUUUCUCACCCAUUCCCAUUCCCCGCCCCUGGCUCUUGGCCCACGGCACCUCCAUCGACCACUAGCGCGAGGCUGCCUCAGCUAGCGAUGCAGGCGCCGGUCCUCGGCCAUUUCCCAGUCACCCCAGCAGCCGCUGCUAGCGCGAGCAUGACUCCGCUAGCCGCUCAGGCGGCCGCCAUCCCCCCCCUUUUCUCUUUUCCGCAGAACCGAUCGAACUUCUCUUUGGCCACGGCGACAGCAAUGCCAGUACCGUUCAACGCACCAGCCUUGGAACCGCCUCCAGUUUCGGGGAACAUCAGAUCUCAGAUCUUGACAGAAGUUCAGGCUGCUGGCGUCCGAAGCAGAUCCCUUGCCAACACCGGUACCUCCCUAUUCGGAGCUGAUAUUCUUGUAAACCACCCCCUAAAAACCCUCCUCGAUGCCUCUCUUAACUCCAUCACCCAAGCCGUCUCCCUUAGGACCCUACAAUCUUAUCUCACUGCAUGGAAAAGCUUCAAGUCUUUUCACCAGGCGUUCAGCAUUCCCUUUCCCUAUUUUUCUGUCCUCACCAUCACCUCCUACAUUUCCUUCCUAAACUCUUCAAAGAAUCUCCAAGCCAGCUCAAUUAAAGGUUACAUGAGUGGAGUCCAGUUCUUCCACAAGCUCAUAUUCAACUCUCCAUCUGCAGCCAUAGCCAGCUCCCAAACUUCUAUGCUCAUCAAGGGCAUUCAAAGAACCCUGCCCGCUCACCCAGACGCCAGGCAACCUAUAACCCUGGAUAUACUGACCAGAUGCAUUUCUACCCUCCAUAAAGGAUAUCAUUCCAAGCACGUCGAUCGCACACUCGACACCAUGUUUAUCCUAGCAUUCUUCGGCUUUCUAAGAUGUUCGGAAAUUUCUAUCACAUCCAUCUUUAACCCGCUAAUCCAUCCAACGGUAUCGGACCUGUCAGUACUCGAUUCAGAGACGAUGUCAUUCUCAAUUACAAAGCAAGACGGACCAAACCAGGAGAGGACAUUUCAUCUACAUAUUCAACCUCCAGUCACCAAUUCAACCUUAUCAGACCCUCCUAGCCUACCUUCACUUCAGGAAAUCCCAAACCAAAACCACUUAUUGGAUCCUCUCUUCGUCGACGAAUCCAACCGCCCAGCUACACGCUUCUGGUUCCAAAAGCACCUCAAAGCCGUCCUGCUCCUGUCCGGCAUCCCCGCAGACCACUUUUCCGGCCACUCCUUCCGCAUAGGCGCAGCAACCACAGCCGCCCAAAAAGGCCCUCUCGCAGUCUCAAAUUCAAGCACUAGGGCGCUGGACAUCGGAAGCUUUCAAGAGCUACAUCAGACCGCGCCCGCAGGGGCUAGCGCCCACGUCUCGGGCUCUGCCGCAGCAGACUCUACAGCAGAAGCCAACAGCGCAGCAGCGACCGCCUCGGCAGAGGCCUGCGCUUCCAUCGCAACAAUAGCAAUCAGCAUCUUCAAAGCCACAUCAGCAGAGGCCAGCACUUCUUCUCAAUGUAGAAACCAGCAUAGCCGCAGCGACCCCUCAGCAGAGGUCAGCACUUCCAUCUCAAGCGUAGACACCAGCAUCACGGCAAGCAACUGUCUCAGCAGAGGCCAGCACUUCCAUCCCAAGCUGGAAGUACAUAGCCGCAGCGACCGCCACAGCAGAGGUCAGCACUUCCAUCCCAAGCGUGGAAAGCCAGCAUCGCCACAGCGACUACCUAGUGGCAAGCAGCCACCAGCUUUUCCAUUUCAAGCAUGGAAGCAAGCGCCGCGACAAGAAGCAUCCGAAGAAGCCCGAGCUUCCAUCUACAAGCGCUGA